AUGGAUAUUAUAAAUUCUUCAGGAUACAGAGAUUUCAUGUGGGCAAUUAGACUACAUCGUUUAGCAUUCGAAAUGGUAGGCUUGUGGCCUAAAUCCAACAAAUGUACUAAGAAAAGUUUGUGGCCAGAAAUUUGGGUUGGCAUCGUUUUUAUUUUAUUGAUAUUUGUUUUGAAUAUUCCAAUGAUAUGUGCGGUUAUAGAAGUUUGGGGUAAUAUGGAACUUGUGAUAGAUAAUUUACAUACAACGAUACCACAGCUGAUGAUGUUAAUAAAAUACGUUAUCAUUCGACGGAAACAAACAGUUCUUUUGUCAAUUGUAAAUAUGAUGGCGGAAGAUUGGAUGGCAUUCAAGUUGGAUGGAGAAAGAGAUGUGAUGAUAAAACGAGCACAAACAGCGCGAUUAAUUAUGAUGAUUGGAUAUAUUUUCCUGGUAAUAUCGUUUCUCACAGUAAUCAUUCUACCUUGUUAUGGCAUUCAAGUAAUGUAUGCAGCGAAUAUCACGGGUGUACACAAACCGUUACCCCUUAAAACGUACCAUUUCUACAAUACAAAUAAAAGUCCGCAAUUUGAAUUGACAUUUUUCAUUCAUAUCUUGACGACCUUAUUAGCAGGUACCAUUUAUAUAUGUGUAGAUUUUUUUCUAAUAUUAACGGUUCUUCACAUUUGUGCACAGUUAGAAAAUCUUAGAUGUCGAUUAAUUAAUUUGAUUUCAUGCAAAAAUUUCAAUAAAGUUUUAAAUAACAUUGUGGAGAUCCAUUUACGUCUUAUCAGGUAUAAAUUUUUAUUAUCAUCAUAG